AUGUACCAAACCCUGCAACUGGCAACCCGACAACUCGCCGUCGGAAAACAGGAAACACAGUCAGUAGACGCGGCGACUGAUUGUUCUCAUCAAAGCCGCCGUAUUUUUGUUACAGAUAAACAUUCGAAACUCCAGUAUCUAGUGGAUACUGGCUCGGAUCUCUGUUGUUUUCCUAAGCGUCUUGCAAAAAACCGUCGUGCUUCUGCAGAUUUUGAUCUAAGCGCUGCGAAUGGGAGUUCUAUUAAAACCUAUGGCAACAUAUCUUUGCAUCUUAACCUAGGUUUGCGCAGGGAUUUCCCCAGGAAAACCCAGCUGAUUUCGUUGUACGACUUCGACGGAAAAUGGCUGAAGUACAACCGACACCGGCAUCGCGACAUGGCACCAAACGACCCUUCAUAUUUAAAGAGCUACCUGGAGCGACGCACAUAUUUUUGCGUGACGAUACCGUCAGACGUCCUCUGA